AAUAAAUACCUAUACAAUAAUAUGUAAGUAGCUGAAUUCUCUCCGACCCUUGCUCACAUUUGUCCCCCUUCUCGCUCUAGACCACCGCUCUUGUUUCUCUCUCUAAAACCUCUCACCAUUAUCAGCUUUCUUGAAAAUUACAUUUGGCAAUUGAUUUUCUUGAUGGGUGUUGCCAAUUAGAGGUUUUUAGAUAAAUAAAACCUCAUCAGGUUUGCAAAUUUUUAAUUGGAUUUUUUUAUUGCAAUAUUGAUUUGGGGAUUUUGAUGUGUUUGUUUUGCCCCUUUUUUGAUUUAAGUUAGUUUUGAUUAAUAUAGGGUUCUUGAAGUUAAGUUGAAAGGUUAUUCAUUUAUGCUUAUUAGAAUUGGGCGUUAAGAUUCAUUAAUGUUUGUAAUUGAGUGUUUUUUCUUAUGUGAAUUAGUCAUGAUUUUGUGGAUCGUUUAGGGGUGUAAUUCUUGAUCUAUAGGGGAUUUGUUUGAAGGUUUUUUUUGUUGUUAUUAAGAAAGAUAGUUUUUUGGGGUGAAAAGUUUGAAUCUUUAGUGUGUUUGGGUGUUUUUUUAGUUUAGUUUAGAGUGUGUUUGAUGAUUGGUUCUGUCGGGAUUUGUGAGAUGAAUCGUAGAGUUCGAAGAAAGUGUGCGAAAGGAACCCAAAAGUUGGAUUUGCCAAAUCAACCAGAAACCGAGGAUGCAGAUUAUUUAAAACUGAAUGCAGAUGGAUUUGUUGAUUGGACUAGAUUGCCCGAUGAUACUGUAAUUCAGCUUUUUACUCAUUUGAACUAUCGUGAUCGGGCUAAUUUUUCAUCAGCUUGCAAAAGCUGGAGAUCACUUGGAUCAUCUUCGUGCUUAUGGCAAUCGUUAGAUCUUCGUGCUCAUAAAUGUGAUUGGGGAAUAAUGGCUUCAUUAGCUUCUCGGUGUGCUAAUCUCCAAAAGCUUCGGUUUCGUGGGGCUGACAAUGCUGAUUCCCUAAUCAAUCUUCAAGCUAAAAAUCUGAAAGAUUUAAGCGGUGAUUACUGUAGGAAACUGACGGACUCAACUCUUGCAGUAAUUGUAGCCCGUCACAAGCUUCUAGAAAGCCUCCAACUUGGGCCCGAUUUUUGUGAACGAAUUACAAGUGAUGCAAUAGUUGCAAUAGGUUUUUGCUGCCCAAUGUUGAAAAAGCUUCGGCUUUCGGGAAUUCGUGAUGUGACCAAAGAUGCCUUAAAUGCUCUAGCGACACAUUGCCCGGAUCUUUCUGAAAUUGGGUUUAUUGAUUGUCUUAAGGUUGAUGAGGUGGCAUUAGGAAAAGUGUUGUCCCUCCGUUUUCUAUCUGUUGCUGGAACCACAAGUUUAAAGUGGGAUUUGGUUGGUGAAAAUUGGAGCAAGCUCCCGAAUUUAAUAGGUUUAGAUGUUUCUAGAACUGAUGUUGUUCCGAAUGUUGUUAUGCGGCUUUUUUCGUCAUUAAAAACUUUAAAAGUUUUGUGUGCUUUUAAUUGUCCGUCUUUAGAGGAAGACACCACUGUUUUUACCAAGAGCAGUUGUCAUGGUAAAAUGAUGCUUAGUUUCUUUAAUGACACCUUUAAAGAACUAUCUCCUAUGUUCCCCAAAACAGAGAAGGAGCAAAAUAUUUUCUCGGAUUGGAGAAACGAGUCAUUGAAGAAAGACGAUAAUUUGGAUGAGCUUAUGACUUGGAUUGAAUGGAUUCUUUCACAUUCACUUUUACGUAUAGCUGAGAGUAACCCACACGGGCUUGAUCAGUUUUGGCUCACACAAGGUGCAGAUCUUUUGCUCAGUUUAUUGCAGAGUUCUCAAGAGGAUGUUCAAGAACGGGCUGCCACUGGGCUUGCAACUUUUGUGGUAGUUGAUGAUGAAAACACUAAUGUUGAUGUAGGACGAGCUGAGGCCGUCAUGAAAGGUGGCGGCAUUCAGCUUCUUUUAAACCUCGCAAGAUCUUGGAAGGAGGGUAUUCAAUCAGAAGCCACAAAGGCUAUUGCAAAUCUUUCAGUGAAUCCCGCAUUUGCAAAAUCGGUGGCAGGAGGUGGUGGCAUUGCCAUUCUUGCAAGCCUGGCAAGAUCUAUGAACAGAUUGGUGGCUGAAGAGGCCGCCGGAGGGCUUUGGAAUCUUUCUGUUGGGGAGGAGCAUAAGGGAGCUAUUGCUGAAGCUGGUGGCAUAAAAGCUUUAGUUGAUUUAAUCUUUAAAUGGCCCAAAGGUGGUGAUGGCGUCCUGGAACGAGCAGCGGGGGCACUUGCCAAUCUGGCGGCUGAUGAUAAGUGUAGUAUGGAAGUUGCAACCGUUGGUGGUAUUAAUGCUUUAGUAACACUUGCUCGUAAAUGCAAGCAUGAGGGUGUGCAGGAGCAGGCGGCUCGCGCUUUGGCUAAUUUGGCUGCUCAUGGAGACAGCAACACUAACAAUGCAGCCGUGGGACAAGAAGCUGGAGCACUUGAGGCACUUGUUCUACUGAUUCGUUCUCAACAUGAUGGUGUCAGGCAAGAAGCGGCUGGUGCAUUGUGGAAUUUAUCAUUUGAUGACAGAAACCGAGAAGGAAUUGCAUUAGCUGGCGGUGUCGAAGCCUUGGUUGCUCUUGCACAAUCAUGUUCAAAUGCCUCUUCGAGUCUUCAGGAGAGAGCAGCUGGUGCGCUUUGGGGCCUCUCAGUUUCGGAAGCCAAUAGCAUUGCAAUUGGACGAGAAGGGGGCGUUGCACCACUUAUAACGCUGGCACGGUCUCAGACAGAAGAUGUUCACGAGACUGCUGCUGGAGCUCUUUGGAAUCUUGCAUUUAACCCUGGCAAUGCUCUGCGGAUAGUGGAGGAUGGUGGGGUUCCAGCCUUAAUUCAUCUCUGCUCUUCAUCAAUGUCGAAAAUGGCGCGUUUCAUGGCUGCUUUAGCUUUGGCAUACAUGUUUGAUGGGAGAAUGGAUGAAUAUGCACUGGUAGGGAGUUCAGCUGAAAGUGCUUCAAAGAGUGUUGGCUUAGAAAGAGCAAGGAAAAUGGCCUUGAAACACAUUGAAACUUUUGUGUUGACUUUCGCUGACCCACACGCGUUUUCUGCUGCGGCAUUAUCAUCAGCUCCUGCCCCUUUGGCACAAGUAACUGAAUCAGCUCGUAUUCUCGAAGCAGGUCAUUUACGGUGCAGCGGAGCUGAAAUUGGACGUUUUGUAUCCAUGUUGCGUAAUCAAUCUCCCGUGCUCAAAGCGUGCGCUGCAUUUGCUCUUCUUCAGUUCACUGUUCCGGGUGGGCGACAUGCACCUCACCAUGUGAACCUGUUGCAAGACUCGGGUGCCCCGCGUGUUCUAAGGGCUGCAGCUGCAGCAGCUUCAGCUCCACUUGAGGCAAAGAUAUUUGCAAGAAUUGUGCUCAGGAAUCUGGAGCAUCACCAGAUAGAAGCGUCAGUCUAAAAAUGUAGCAGGUCAACUUAGAAAGCGUUGGUAAUAAAGUCAACCCAAAUGUCAACAAUUAUAUACCGUAUACUCAUAACCCCUCGCCCCCCUUCUUUCCCAUAGUGGCUGCAGAUAUUUUGGACCAUAACUCAGUGAGUCGAAGUUUGUUUUGUAAGAGUUAUAUCUGUACAAUUUUUAUUUUUUUUUUAUCUAUUUUUAAAGCUGCCUAGUUGUGAAGAUUA